UCGAAAGUGUGAUGACCAGUGAACGUGUAAUGCGUGUUUUGGAGAGCAUCGAGAGCCGUUCCCGGUUCCUGAUGAUGGUUCUGCUACUCUCGACCUACACUGCAACUGUUUGGAUGGAUAAUUCCACCGGUUCCGAGGGACCGAGUUUCACUGUGCCAAUAACAAAUGUAACAGUCCCAAUGGGGCGGGAAGCGGUUCUUGCUUGUGUGGUUGCAAACCUGUCUACGUACAAGGUAGCAUGGCUCAGGGUAGACACACAAACAAUCUUGACAAUAGCUAAUCACGUGAUCACGAAGAAUAACAGGAUUGGAGUGACGCACACCGAACGCAUAACCUGGCACUUACACAUACGUGAAGUACGUGAAUCUGAUCGAGGUGCUUACAUGUGCCAGAUAAACACCGAUCCAAUGAAGAGUCAAACUGGCUAUCUGGAAGUUGUAGUACCUCCUGAUAUUUUGGAUUAUUCAACGAGCACGGAUAUGGUGGUGAGAGAGGGAAGCAACGUUACGUUGCGUUGUGCUGCGACGGGUUCACCGAAGCCAAAUAUUACUUGGAGACGAGAAGACGGAGAAGCUAUUCUCUUACAAAAUGGCCAGGAAGUAAGAAGCGUAGAAGGGUCAAUCUUCACAAUCACGAAGGUAAAUAGAUUACAGAUGGGUGCAUAUCUAUGUAUCGCGUCGAAUGGAGUGCCUCCUACAGUCAGUAAAAGAAUAAUGCUGAUAGUACACUUCAGUCCAAUGAUUUCGAUCCAGAAUCAGCUGGUGGGUGCGCAGGAGGGACAGAAGAUGACUCUCGAAUGUCAUUCAGAAGCCUUUCCCAAAUCAAUCAAUUACUGGACUAAAGAGAAUAAUGAAAUUAUAAAAACCGGAGAAAAAUACGAGCAGUCGGUUACGGACAAUGCGUACAAGAUUCAGAUGAAACUUACAAUAUUCUCGGUGACACAAUCCGACUAUGGAACGUACAAAUGCAUAUCGAAGAAUUCCCUAGGAGAAACGGAUGGCAAUAUUAAACUCUACCAUAUACCAACGCCAACGACACAAGUCAGAACGACAACACCUCCAAGUUCCACCGUCGAAGAAGUUGAGAAUAUUCAAAACUCGCGACAGGAACCAUUGCCCAGUGAGGAACCAAUCCAGAAACAGGGGACGGAUAGGUCGUUAACUAAUAUCCUUAGGAAUGAUGAUAUACGGCUUCAUGGUAGAGCAAGCAGCAGCGACUAUAACGAUGCUGAAAACAGCGUGACAAAAGAACGAAAAAAUGUCGGCGGCGACGUACGACCACGAAGAAUUGACAACACGGCACAAUCGAUGUCAUCCAGGGGUACAAGCUCGAAUUUUCUCCUGCAAUCUAGAGCGGCCAUCUGCAUAAUCCUACUAUUUGCCCUGUCGUAGUCACGUCAGUGUCCAAUAGCGAAAAAAAAAAAAACGGUUGUUCGAGGGAAAUCCUUCGGAUGGGAUCAAGAUUCUCCCUGUUCAUCGUCAUUUAUCUCAACCGUGAAAGGGAUCAAUUAACGGAUGUGCUUCAACAGCGCAAAUUAACCGAGAAUUUGUGCCAUCGCGAUUCUUUGUGAAAUUAAAACUGGAGUCAACGAAACAAUGUUAUUUUGUGUUAUUCGAACGAGAGAAUACGCAUAGUUAGCCAACGAGCUCCUUUCGAGUUCUGUUACUUGUAACGGUGUGCAUCUUAUUUCGGUUUGGUAUUGGUUAUCGAAAUUGUGAAUCUAAUUUUUUAAACGAUGCGCUUGGAAGAAGACAAACAUUUUAGCUCCUAUGUACAUACGAUAUUUUAUAUGCUUUAUAAACGUACGAGUUACUCAAAGAAAUUUCAUUCAGUGAAACAUGUUCGGCCUAAUUAUUGUACAUUGUAUUGUAUUAUUGUAUGUAUUAUCACUGCAUCUGUUGUACGAAUGAAUGUACAACGUACAAGGUUUCUCUGGAGAAGAUUGGUCUCUUCAAAUAAUGAAAAUAUUUUAUUAACGAUGUUUAACAAUUGUGUUUAUUGUUGAUGUAAAAAGAUUUUUUGGUUAAAAAUAAAAGAACAUCUGUUGGGAACAAUGAAACAUUUGAGAUUACGAAUAAUUUAGUUUAAAAAAUAUUUGAUGAUGUUGAAGUAUAAUCUGAUUAAAAUG